UAUAUACUUGGGUGGAUAAAAAAACCACUCCACCCCGCUCCUCGACACCGGGGUUCUGACGUUUAAGGACACUCUGACACUCUUAAGCAAGAUUCACGAGGAACGAUUUAUUGAGCCAUUCAUUUCUCCGCAGAUCACUCAGACAUGGCUGAGAAACGAUUGGACCUGAUAAUUUUUGGGGCGACAGGAUUCACGGGUAAAUACACCGUCAAAGAGGCCCAUCGUCUGUGCAAAUCUCACCAAUUUACGUGGGGAAUUUCUGGAAGAAAUCAGGAACGUUUAGAGGCCGUUCUUAAGGAAUUUGCGCCUGAUGCUGAUAAUGUCCCUGUCAUUAUCGCUGAUAUUAAGGACGAAGAGUCUCUUAAAAAAAUGGCCGAAAAGGCCAAAGUCGUUGUCAACUGUUGCGGACCUUACAGGUUCUUCGGGGAGCCUGUUGUGAAGGCUUGCAUUGCAGCUAAAACGCAUCAUGUUGAUGUCAGUGGAGAACCUCAGUAUAUGGAGAAAAUUCAACUGGAGUACAACGAACCUGCUAAAAAAGCUGGUGUUUAUAUCAUAAGUGCAUGUGGCUUCGAUAGCAUCCCGUGUGAUCUUGGGAUAAUCUUCACUCAGAAAAAAUUCGAAGGCGAAGUGAACAGCAUCGAAACCUACUUCAGUACUUGGUCAGAUCACGAUCUCGGUGGUGCUGCACUCCACUAUGGUACGUGGGAAUCAGCUGUUUAUGGGCUGGCCCACGCUGAUGAACUGAGGGGAUUGAGAUCAAAACUUUAUCCGAAAAGAUUGCCACCAUUUGAACCAAAAUUGAAACGAAGGGGUGUUGUACAUCGCAGCAGUAUUUCUGAGGGAUACUCAGUCGUAUUUCCUGGAUCAGAUAGAUCAGUUUCAACUAGAUCUCAACGUUAUCUCUUUGAAAAUGACAAGACACGUCCUGUGCAAGUCCAAACAUACAUGACGAUCAGAUCCUUGUGGACUUUAAUAUCAAUGGCGUGUGUGGGCGCUGUCUUUUCCCUCAUGACGAAAUGUAAAUGUGGACGAAGUCUGCUGCUGAGGUACCCAAAAAUAUUUUCUGCUGGAAUGGUGAGCCAUGACGGGCCGUUACCCGAGGCUAUGGAAAAGAAUUACUUCUCAUUAACUAUGAAAGCCAUUGGAUGGACUGAAAAACUCGCGGAGCCGACCGACAAGCAUUCGCAGCCCCCGAAUAAAGAAAUGGUAACCAAAGUGUCGGGUAAAAAUCCAGGGUACGGGGCCACCUGCACAAUGUUGAUGAUAGCAGCCCUCAUGGUACUCAAAGAACAAGAUAAAAUGCCGGAAAACGGUGGUGUUUUUCCUCCGGGGGCUGCCUUCGCUAAAACUUCGUUGGUAGAGGAGUUGAACAAGAAUGGAGUGACGUUCGAGGUCGUGUCGUCCAAAGAAAAGUAAAGGUGAACGGUUCAGCCAAUAUUCCACUGAAAUGAGCAUUUGGUCUCGAUCUAUUUUUCAAUGUCCAAUUGAUGUUGGAGGUCUCUUGUAAGAUCCCAGAUGAUAUAUUUACUACAAUCACACUUUAUGAAGAUGUAUUACUGUCCUGCUUCCGUCUUUCUGCAUUUUUUCUACUCUAAACUUUUGUAAUUUUUUAUUAGAUAUUUCCGCUGGCUGGGAUUCUUUUUAUUUGAAGUGCAUGGGUUAUUCAUAGAAUUAUGUCAAAAUGUCAUCAUGAUUUUCUCAUGGGACGAAAUAUUUUCUCCCUUUUGUAUCAACAUUAGUAGUCAUGUUGGGAUUCGAUUGGAAUAUUACAUUUAUUUAUUAUAAAUUUCUUUUAGAAAGCUGUGAUCUUCCUAUGUUAUCGCCAAUUAUGUUUAUUAGAGUCAUAAAAGUGACUUUAAUAAACAUGUUAGCUUGUAUCAAUUAAUUUUUUUGCUAAGUGCAGAGCAAGUUAUCGCAAAGAAUACGUUUUGACAUGAUUCUUCGAGCACUUUGUGCUGGUUAAACAAUUAUUAAAAAUAAAGAACGACGUACUUAAAGGGAUAAAGAAUUCCUGGCAUUCGAUGGUAAUUUUGUUAAUUUACACUAAGUUUUAUUUUAAUUUGUUAUAAAUUUUGAAAAAAGUCUAUUUUUUCAAGUGGAGUUGAACGUUUGACAUGAUUCUCCGAAAAUCCAGUGCUAAUUUAAAUAAUGUGAAUGGUAAAUAGAGUGUCUCAUAUACUUAUUGAAAAUCAUGAACUAUUUAAUGUACGAAACAAUAAAUGCCAUGAAAUGGGGAA